AUGUCAUUUGACUUUCAUCCAAAUACAUUUAAACAAUUAUUUGACAUUAUCCAACAAUUAACAGUUAUACCACUUGAAGAUUUGAAUAUGAAUCUGACUUAUAUUUUAAUUAUUUGUUUGAGAUUAUUUACAAAACAUUUAAAAUUUCUAUUUGUUCUAAUAACAAAUCCAUUUCGAAAUUUAUUAUUCACAAACGAUGAUAUAAUCAAACCUGUUAGUAUUAAUCAAGACAUCGAUUUAAAUGAAUUUAUUCAUGACAAUGAUUUACAAACAUGGUUUGAUACUUUAUUAAUCCUAGCUUGUCGUGAUGAUGAAAAACUAGAACAGAUAACAAUCUGUAGACAAGCAUCAAAAGCUCUUAUGCAAAUUCUUAAUAAAAAAAUGUCUACCUUUACCGAAAAGUUAUCAUUUAUUCAUAAAUACAUUAUCGAAAAUAAACAUUUGAUCUUAAUUAACGAAUUAGUAGUAGAAUUGAAUAAAAAUACAACAUUACUCUGUUGGAUUGAACUCUUAUGUAAUAAUAAAUCAGAGAAUAUAACAGCAUUGAAUAUACUAUACUCAUUUAUUGAUAUUUCCUUCAAUUCUUCGAAUGAAAUGGAAUCAAAAAUGAAACAACAAAUUCAACAAAUAUUACAACGAUUUCAGCAAUUUCUCUUCAUUCGAUUAUCAUCAACAUCGUCUCUAGCGAAUAAAUAUAUUACUUAUAUAUUAAGUAAUUUGAAUGAUAAAUUAGUUAUCGAAAAUGAAUUAUUAAAUUCAAUUCUCAUCAGUUUGGGUUUAUUGACAGAAACACAUUUUAAUUUUGUAACAAUUCAACCACUUAUCACAAGUGUUUUACCGUUACUAGCAGACCUAAUAUUGAAGAGUACAAUGAAUGAAGGUAUAAUAGCAAAUAAUCUAUCUUACAUGUAUUGGGUAUUAGGUAAAAUGAGUGCUACUUUGAUGGUCGGUCCUCAACCAGAUGCAUUAGAAAUGAAAUAUGUUGAGAAAUUACAAUCACCUCUAUUUGCUGGUGGAUGUGAGAGAUUACCUAUGGAAAACAAUCAGUAUUUAUUGGAUUUAUUGAAAUCGAAUAUCGCCAAUUUCAGUGGAUUUAAAAUAACUGAUUACAAUCUUCAACAAUCAUUAUCCGAUCAUGAAUUUUUAAUGUCAAUUUAUAAUAAUAUUGAUCAAGGUGCAAAAUUAAUAUCGAAAAUGAAAAUCUAUAUGAAAGAUAAACAAAAUUUAGUACAAAAAUCAAUUGAACAACAAGCAAAUAAUGCAUGUGCUGCUUUGUUUGCUGUUUAUAUCAAAUAUUAUCGUCGAAUCAAUUUAGCCAAAUCGGAACUCUCUCGAACAGAUGAUAAUAAACCACAUAAAAAACUUUUAUCUAUUUUCGAAUAUGCAAAUCUUGUUCAAAUAUUGUUUGCAAAAACAAAAGGACAAGGUGGUAAUUGUGACGAACUUUAUGAGCAAAUUAAAAUGAACACAUUAUUCCUCUUAACAUCCAUCAAAGAAAGUAAUUUGAUUCCGAUAAUCGAAUAUGAAACUAAUGAACAAGUAAAUAAACCAAAAUUCAAACGUUAUUAUUCACGAAAAAAUAUUGAAAAGCAUAAUAUUCGAUUACUUCGAAAUAUGUUUCAAGCUUGUAUGCGAUUUAAAAAAUUAAUAUUAAUUAACAAGAAGGGAAUCGAAGACAAACAAGAUAAUGAAAAUAUUCUAAGACGAGCUAUUGAUUAUUAUAUAUUUAAUGAAAAGAAAUCAGAAUCAGAUGAAUUAAUACAAUGUAUGUUUCGACAAUAUGAACGAGCAAUAUUAAGAUUAAUUACAUAUCGAUUUAUUCAUAAAUUCAUAGAAAAACUAUUUGAUAUGAACAAUCAAAAUCAAAUUCUCAUACUUUUAAGAAUUUAUUUACCAUAUUUAAGAAAAGCAAAUAUUGAAUGGUCAUAUUUAGAAAAUAUUUCAACCACAAAUAUUCAAUUAAAAGAAGAUAUUGGAAAGAAUUAUUAUUUAAUUAUUAAAAUUAUUCUUUCUUAUUUAUUACAAUCAACAAAUAUUGAUCAAAUGAUAUUAACACAAAAUAUAUUCUAUUUACUUAAUUUAUCUUAUAAUUUAAUAGAUAUUUAUUGUAUACAUAAUAAUGAAGUUCUUCAAAUAUUAUUUAACAAAUUCAGUAGCACAGAUCUUGAUGUAAAAUUUAUUCGAUACAAUUGGUUUCGGUUAUAUGUAUUUAAAUUUUGCGAAAAUUUUCAAAUUGAAACAAAUUCAAUUUUGAAUGAAAUACAAGAAUUGAUCUUUGAGAAAAUAAUUCUUACUGAAUUGAAAUUAUUAAAACAAUCAGAAGAGAAAACAACACUUAUGAAUAAAAAUAAUUCAUUCAAUAAUGUUGCUAUUGAAUGGUUCAUCAAAGCAAAAGAUACAAAUAAUAUAUCAUCAAAAUUCGAAGUUGAUCUGUAUAUCAAUCAAUAUUUAAUACUUCUAUUACGAUGUGUUCAUUUGUAUGAACAUGUACGAUCAUAUUGUGCGAAUGAUCAAUAUAUUGAAGAACUAAUUUAUAUUUAUCGAAAUAGUGGAAAUCAAAUAACUAUUUUAAUUUCUUUAAAAAUUCUACAGAAAUUAGUGAGAUAUUUACCGGAAGAUAUGAAUGGAAAAACACAAUUAAUGAUGAAUGAGUUUUUAACCAAUAUUUUAUCUUCUAUCGGUAAGACGACAACAGACAUAACCACUGAAUUAAUCUACAUAUAUCGAAUAAUUAUGUCAUGUAAAUCACCAUGGCAAACAAUGGCCAUUCAAAUAAUCUCUGAUACCAUUACAUCCAAUUUGAAAUCAUUUAAUUCGAUUGAUAAUCUUCUAGCAUCGUUAUGUGUCUUAGGAAGAUAUAUUCAACCUUUUUGCUUAGGUUCAGUCAUAGAAAUUCAUACAACUGAUGAAACUCAAUUAGGAGUAAUUAUCGAUCUUAAUAUCAACUCUCAUGAUCUCGAUACAUCUGAUACACUAAUUUAUCUUGUUCAAUAUAUUGAAACAAACAAAACUGAAUGGAUAACAGGAGAUAAAUUAAAAAUAAAAAUUGAUGUUCUCCCACCGAAUCUUUUGGAUUUACCCAAUGCAAAUAAAUUUAUAGAUUUCUUAUUUGAUGCAUUAGCCUAUUUCAUACAAAUCGAUACAUCAACAACAGAAUCUUUACUUUUCUUACAAUUAAAACGUCGAUCUAUAGCCGUUUUAUAUCGAAUAUUAAAUCAUAAAAAACUCGUGAAUAUAUUCAUGGAAAAAUCAUAUGUAUCAAUCAUCGCUAAAUUAUCAACAUCAGCUUUGCUAUCAAAAACUGCUCAAUCAUCAAUAGAUUUACAUUUAUUAAAUAAAUAUCAUUUAGAACAAUACUGUUUAAAUUUAGAUCGUUGUGAAUAUUUUAAACAAAUUCUUGAUGAUACAAAUGAAACUAUUCAAGAUGAAUUUCGUAUUUGGACAGAUGUUUCAUUUAAAAAAGAUCAAUUAACACUUGAUUUUUCAUUAACAACAAAUGAAUGGAAAUCAAAGAUGUCAAAAAGAGAACUUAAACUAUUUAAAAAAGGUCGAUUUGGAAAUGAUGAAAUAAAAAUUAUUCCAAUGUCAUUUGGAAAUUCUGGAAAAUGGUUCAUAGAAGAAUGUGGAAUAACACAUCGAUUUCCAGGGCGAGUUAAUUUAAUUUCUGAAAAUUUUAAUACAUUAUUUGUCACAUUUAUUAUUGAUAAUUUACGAUUAACUGAAGGUAAUUGGUACUUUUGUAUUCGAUUAUUACAAUCAACUUCAGCUCAAAUUGGAUGGGCAACAAAUGGAUUUAAACCUAAUCAUUCUAUUGGAAUAGGUAAUGAUAAAUAUUCAUGGUCAUAUGAUGGAUCUACAGGAAUCAUUUAUAAUAAUAAACAAUAUUCAUUUCCAUUCGAAAAUAUUCUUUGGAGUACGAAUGAUGUUUGUGGUUGUGGAAUUGAAAUAAAUAAUGAUCAUAUACAAAUUAAUUAUUGGUUAAAUGGAUAUUUCUUAGGUACACCUUUUUCUCAUCAAUUUCCAAUAAAUUCAACAACAAAAAUAUGUAAUAUGUUACCAAAUGGAUAUCGAACAAGUUAUUUUCCUGGUGUGACUUUAAAAGUAAAUAAUAUAACAACGUUAAGUGCUUGUGAAUUUAUAUUUCAUCCAAUGGAUAUGUUUGAAUGUCCAUUGCCAAACAACUAUAAACCAUUAUUACUUCCGACUAUGAUCGAUAUUGAUGAUUCACUUGUUGCUUAUCCAUUUAGUGCUUAUUUGGUUGGUGAGAAUGUACAAGAUUAUUUUAUUCCUACACGAAAUAAUAAAUCAAUUCGAUUUUUACGUGAUUUUAUCAAUAAUUAUCACCUUGAAUGUAUAUUUAUAGUGGAAAAUUAUCAAUUGAUAUUGCCGGAACAUAAUGAAGGCUUUCCAUUAACUAUCGAUGAUCAACAAUCAUUGACAAUUAGUUUUGAUUUUUCAGUUUUAAAGAUGUCUCAUGAUUAUCUUGAUAUUCCAUUAUUAACAUUUGAUCCACCGGAUGUAUUUUCAAUACAAAUACCCAUAAAUAAAAUUACAAAUAAAACACAAAUAGCUAUAAUAUUUCAGUUAAAUGAACGAAAAAUAAAAAUUUACAUUAAUAAUGAAUGUCGAAUAUUGGAAAGUCCAAUCAUAACAAAAUUUCAUAUUCAUAUUUUACCAAGAAUAGCUGUUGGAAUUGAAAAUCUUGCUAUUUGGAAAUAUGCUUUAUCGAAAGAACAUAUUCGACGUUUAUUUACUUCUGGUUUAUCCUAUAUUGCAUUUGAUUAUUAUCGAUUAAAUGAAUAUCGAAAACAAGCAAAUAUAUUGACAUUUAAUACUGAAGAUAAAUACUUUGAAAAUGAAUUGAAACAUUUUAGAACAAAUAAUGGAACCUUACAAGUAUUCGGCAAUAAAACUUAUUUUGUUUUAGAUAAAUCUCUAGAUUCAUGGUCGGUAUAUACACUUGUUUUUGAUAUUUCUAUCUAUCAUUUACCAAUCAUAUUAGUAGAAUUAAAUGAACAAUCACAAAUAUGUAUAGCACAUGAUGGUCAACUUUAUCUAUCUGUCAAUAAUGAAAAAUAUAUUCAAAGUGAAUCAAAAUUGAAGUUAAAUGAAUAUAUACGUUUGCUAAUUUCUGUUGAAAAAAAUUCUAUAAAAAUCUAUGUCAAUGGAUUAUUAGAACUUCAUGGAAAUGUAGAUAAUGAUCAACUAACAAUAAAAGACAAACAAAUUAAUCUCUUCAAAGAAUUAGAUUCAACUAACAGCACAAUUAAUGAAGAUACACUUCGAAUUGAAUGUAAAUCAAUCACUUAUUUAAAUAAAGCAAUUCUUGACAGUGAUGAACAAAUGAAAUCUCCAAAUAAUUCAUUAGAAAGUUUAGUUGCACCUCCAUAUUCAAUUAUAUCACCAAGUUUAAUUCGAAUUGGAUAUGAUGAAUUAUCAAUAAGAUCUGCUAUGAAAUACACUAUGACCACAAAUAUUCAAUUGAUUGAUACAAUUCUACGUGAAAAAUAUUAUAAACAUGAUAAAAAUAUUUUAUCAAAACUUGGAUCAUCAAUUAAUAAAGAAAAAUUGAAAGAUUUACUUCAAUUUUCUCAAUUUGAUACUGAAGAGAAAAUAGCAGCUCUUGCAGAAAUUUUACUCAUUCAUUGGAAUGAUAUUCAAACAUUAUCAACAUCAUCGACUGAUAAAGACUGGUUCUAUGAAACUAUUCAUCAUUUAAAUCUUAAUGAAAAUCUUUCGGAAUGGAUUCAAGAUAAAUCAAACAUAAUCGAACCAACUGAUCUUACUUAUCAACUAUUUGAUUUAAAUCAAUCUAUAGAUGAACAAACAAAAAUCACCACUAAUAUCAUUGAUGAUCAAUGGAAAAACAUUAAAUAUACUUAUCAACAUAUGACUCGCAAUAAAUAUCAUCAAUCUCGUCUUGCUUGUGAAUAUGAUUUGAUUUCAAUCUAUGCACACUAUACAAUUAUAAAUAUAUUAACAAUUUGGUUUAAUGAUGGAUCAAGUUUAUUUCCAUUAGAAGAAUUUGGUGAUGCAACAUUUAUUGUAACAUUAUUUCGAUUAUUAGACUAUCACACAUGUUUACAUAUUGAUGAAACUAUUGAUAGAAUGAGUUUGUUAAUAAAUUCAAUUCUUAAAGUUGAAUUAAAUGAAUUACUUAAAUAUCAUCGAAUAAGAAAUAAUAAGAUUACUAAUGAUAUAUUACAAUAUAAAGGUUUUUUACUUUAUUAUUUACAAAAAGAUAUUAUGAUUCAAUCGAUUAAAAUUUUAUUUGAUCCAUCAUUAUUAUCUUCAGAAUAUAGUGAAGAGUUUGAUAUAAAAAAACCAAAUAUAAAUUUUAUUCUUAAAUUACUUCAUCUAUUUGUCAAAUUUAUAUCUGAAAAAAUGACGACAAAACAAGAAGACAUUGAUUUAUUAAUUUCAUUAUUAUUUCCAGAAUCUUUAGUCAAUAUAUUGUUCAAUUUAUUUCUUAUAAAUCCAAUGCAUCAAAUAAAAAGUACUAUCCUUCAAUUAUUGUCUAGGUGA